GUGUCUUCACACUCCAUGGAGCCCCCGUUGGGGAGCAGCACCAUGCACAGCAGUGCACACGUGGCCUUAACAGAACCCGCUCCAGAGCCCCCGCGAAGCAGCUCUGCCCACGCCACAUCCCCUCCGCCUGCCACCUCUUUUCAUAUCACCUUUUCUAACCAAGGAGAAGUGGCCCAGAGUUCAGCAGGUCCCAGCGUCUUUGUGGCAAAUUAUGUGUCGGUGAGGAGCAAUGAGGUGGUCCCGGAUGACGACGAGAUGGAUAACUUUUUGCCAGAUGCCCACUGGACCACUUCACAGGUGCGCUCUCCUGCACGGGACAUUACAGUCAGCCCCCUCGGGCUGCCCACAGAUGCGCCAGGAGCUGUGCUGACGUCGUCCUUACCCGUUAUUUCUUUACCCAACCAAGAAGUGGCAUCCACCUGGCACCACGCCGCGCAGCCAUCCCCGACAGAUGCCGAACCCCCCCGUGGUCCCAGCCUGUCUCCAUCAGCUUUUCCCACUUCCAAGGGCUUGGUUCCGACUCUGGGCAGUAAUUUGGUGCUUUAUCCCACUGACGCGUUUGGGCACUGGUCAAGCAGGACUUUGCUGGAGAGUGUGGCUUCAGUCGUGGAGGAUGCAGAAACCCUCCCCUCGGGUUCUCCGUCUCCAGUGCCCGAGACGGUAGGCGAUGGCCUCACUCAACAGCCGUCUCUCCCCGUAGGGGAGGCCACGCAGCUCCCUGAGCAGGUUCUGGCAGCAAGUACAGAUGGCCGUGCUGAGGCGACCACCAUUUUGAGUCAAGGUUUAAAAAGCACCGUUUCUCCACAAAUAUACCCGACCACACCUGUGCUAAACACAGCCCUUGCUUUCAGCAGCACCACAGAUUCUACUUCGUUUUCAGCCCCCCUUGUAUUUGUACCCUUUUCUACUCCAUCACCUGAUGUUUGGGAUCACCCUUUUCUUCCUAGCAACUCCAGUGAAACGUCCGAACCACCCAGUAACUCAGUGUCCCCACCUCAUGUGGCUGACGUGCCUGUCCUGAGCCCCAUGCCUUUCUCUAGACUGCGUGCGUGGUGCGUGUCCUGCAGUCUGUCUUCACCUCAGCAAGCUCUGUCCUCAAGCUUCCUGGAGAAAGAUGUGGGCUCGGCGGACGGCCCUGAGACCUUGUGUUUGACCAUAUUGGAAGCCAGCAGCCUCACUCCACUGGGUAGCAUAGCAACAGCCGACUUCUCCGAAUUUGAGGAGACUCCUCAACAAUUUAAUACACUUUUCCCCUCAAGACCUGUAGUUUCACUUUCUUCUCCAUCUGUGGAAAUCCCAGAACCGAGCCUCAGUGCCUCAGCUGAGGUGGACAUGAGUAGCGUUGUGUCCACACACAUUUCUCCUCCCUAUGAUCACCCUUCUGUCACAGGGUCACUUGAGUCUUCAUCCUUCAGCUCUUCCUCAGUUAUAGAAAUUGAAGUCAUGUCAUCCAGUGUUUUCCUUGACUCAUCUUUCUCUGUCACAGCAAAUAAAAACACCUCGUCGCUUGCUAUCACAGACUCAAGCCUUUUCACGCCCUAUAGUUUGGUUCCUUCGGUAGAAUCUUCGCUUUUCUCUGACCAAGAACCACCUAGUUUUUCCCAACACAAAACUGGAAGUGUUUUGGAUUUUGCAUCCAGCUUUUUCUCGACGCCUCUGCUGGAGUUCAGCAGCUUGGUAUCUUCAUCCUCAGAAGUUCUGGCAUCUGCGUCUGCCGUAUCAAGUGAUUUGUCGAUGUUUAUUUCUCAGGCGUUUUCUACACUGGUGGAGGCAUUUACGUCAUCUGCCUCUGUCAGUUGGCAGUCACCUCUGUUUUCUGUUCCUAAUUCCACAGACCUUGGAUUUUCCCAGCUCUGGCCAAGUUCAGACCCUCUUUCAAACACAUUCACUUUUCUACCUGGUUACUCUGAAAGGCCACCACUAUCAAGUGUACCAUCUGAUUCUUUCAAGUUCUCUGAAGCAUCAGUGGUUUCACUGACAGAUUCUGACACUCAUUUUACCUCAGCUUUCACUGAAACUACCUCCUGUUUUGAGUUUUCACUCAUUUCCCAUGAGUCUGCAGUCACCACACUGGCGCCCUCUAGUUCUGAGUCUAUCUUUGACCUUGCAAUUGAUGGGACUCUCUUCACAUCACCAUUGACUGCUUCUCAUGCUCCGCCCACGUUCACUGAGUCGCCUCUGUUUUCGACUCCCAUGCCUCCUGACGAUGACGUCAGCACUACAGAUCACCACACGUCUGUCUUACCCUCUUUUUCCACCAUCAUUCCUACCAUGACGGUAUCAGUAACAAACGUGUACCUGCCAUCAGCUUCUUCAUUUGUUUCUGAGGUGACCCCCUCAUCUCUCCCCACAGAGCCAAUAUUUGUGGGCACAUCCUUCGUGCCCACAGAUUUACCAGUGAACACCUCCACUGAACCCAGCACAUCUAAUUCCAGUGCUGCUACUGUUCGUACUGUUGACCCCACCCUCGCCCUGAGCAGCAGGACUGCAAGUCAGAACCCCCACAAGGGCUCUACUGCUCUUCCUCUGCCAUCUCUUCCUCCGGGGACCACCACCACUCCCGACGCCAUGCUCAACACACCACCGCUGAUCACCACCAAGCCACCAUAUGUGUGUGAUAUCACAGUUCCUGAUGCCUAUUUGAUCACAGCUGUGCUGGCCCGAAGAGCCGUGCAGGAGUACAUCAUCAUGUCCAUCAAAGAAGUGCUGCGCGUCCACUUCAACCGGGCCGUGGAGCUGAAGGUUUAUGAGAUACUCCCUGACUUCACUUUCCUGGUGACGUCUGGCCCCUUCGUUUACACGGCAGUAUCGGUCAUCAACGUCCUCAUCAGUAGUAAGCUUGUGCGCGACCAGACGCCUUUAAUCCUGUCUGUGAAACCUUCCUUCUCUGUGCCAGACCCUAGGUUCCAAGUCCAAACAGUACUCCAGUUUGUGCCUCAGAGUGUGGACACUGGCUUCUGCAACUUCACCCAGCGCAUCGAGAAAGGCCUGAUGAUCGCGCUCUCGGAAGUAAGGAAGCACCACCCCGGCACCUAUAACCUCACGGUGCAGGUGAGAAGGUCCCUGACCUUCCAGUACCCACAGCUCAACUUAUCACAGCUGUUGAAGUCCUCUUGGGUAAGAACAGUCCUCCUGGGCGUCUUCGAGAAGCAGCUGCAGAAUGAAGUCUUCCAAGCCGAGAUGGAGCGCAAGCUGGCCCAGCUGCUCAGCGAGGUUCUCUCCAGACGGCGAAUGUGGAGAAGGGCCACCCUGGCCUCGGGCAACAACGUGGUGCAGGUGGUGAAUGUGUCCAGGCUGGAGGGGGAUGACCACCCCGUACAGCUCAUUUACUUUGUGGAGGAUCGAGAUGGAGAAAGACUCAGUGCAGUCAGGUCUUCAGACCUGAUUAACAAGAUCGAUGUCCAGAGAGCCGCCAUCAUCCUGGGUUAUCGGAUCCAAGGAGCCAUUGCCCAACCGGUGGACAGGGUGAGGAGGCCGUCCAUGGAGUCACAAAGCAACAACCUCUGGGUCAUCGUGGGUGUGGUCAUCCCGGUGCUCGUGGUCGUGGUGAUCCUGGUCAUCCUCUACUGGAAACUCUGCCGCACGGACAAGCUGGACUUCCAGCCUGACACCGUGGCCAACAUUCAGCAGCGCCAGAAGUUGCAGAUCCCUAGUGUGAAGGGCUUCGAUUUUGCCAAGCAGCACCUGGGCCAGCACAAUAAAGAUGACAUACUGAUCAUCCAUGAGCCAGUGCCCCCUCCAGGACCUGUGAAGGACCACACGCCCCCCUCUGAGAAUGGAGACGUGCCCAGCCCCCAGGCCAAGGUCCCCGCCAAGAGCCUCCGCCACAGAGGAAGAGUUUCUUCCUCGGAUGCCGACUCGACUGUCAGUGAGGAGCCCAGUGAGAGGGAGGUGGGAGACAAGCCCCCCGGAGCGGUCAGCGACGGCAGGCCCCCCCGCGGCCCCCAGAGCGGGCCGCCCCCACCCAGCUCGGGCCCCGAGCAGCACUCCUCGGCCUCCAUCUUCGAGCACGUGGACAGGAUCUCCCACUCAGCCGAGGCCAGCCGCCGGGUCCCCAAUAAGAUCCAGCUGAUUGCCAUGCAGCCCAUCCCAGCUCCCCCGGCCCAGCACCCUGCACUGGGCGACCGAGUGGCGGAAACCAACAAAAUUAACAAGGAGAUUCAGACUGCGCUGCGGCACAAGUCGGAGAUCGAGCACCAUCGGAACAAAAUCCGGCUCCGCGCCAAGCGCCGCGGGCACUAUGAGUUCCCGGUGGUGGACGACCUGUCCUCGGGCGACACCCGGGAGCGCCACCGCGUGUACCGCCGCGCACAGAUGCAGAUCGACAAGAUCCUGGACCCCACGGCCAGCGUGCCCUCUGUGUUCAUCGAGCCCAGGAAGAGUUCGCGGAUAAAGCGAUCUCCCAAACCGCGCCGGAAGCACCAGGUCAACGGCUGCCCCGCGGACGCCGAGAAGGACAGGCUCAUCACCACGGACAGUGACGGCACCUACAAGCGGCCCCCCGGUGUGCACAACUCGGCCUACAUCGGGUGCCCGUCUGAUCCCGACCUCCCAGUGGAAGUCCAGACGGUAUCCUCGACCGAGCUGGGGCGGUACCCAGGCUUGCCCUUCCCGGCCUCCCAAUACAUCCCGCCCCAGCCAUCCAUUGAGGAGGCCCGCCAGACCAUGCAUUCCCUCCUGGACGAUGCCUUCGCCCUCGUGGCCCCCAGCAGCCAGCCGGCCGGUGCCGCGGUUGCCAGCCCCGGGCUCCCCGCCGGCCUGCCUGUCAACAGCACCCCUUCCCGGGAAGAGAGGAGAGCCACCCAGUGGGGUUCCUUCUACAGCCCAGCUCAGACAGCCAACAACUCGUGCAGCAGAUAUGAAGACUAUGGAAUGACUCCCUCAUCGGGCCCACUGCCAAGGAUGAGCUUUGGCCCCGGUUUGCUACCGUCCUCCUCGGACUUGGGGCCUCUGGAGUCCGCGGGGCCUUUGGAGUCCGCGCAGCCCCAGGCGGAAGCGCCCUUCGCAGCCCGCGGGAUCUUCUCGGAGGAGGUGGCGUCGGUGGCCCGGCCCCGGCCUGUCGGGGGCACCACAGGUUCCCAGAUCCAGCACCUCACGCAGGUGGGGAUUGCAAGCAGGAUUGGCGGUCAGCCCGGGGAGGCCCCGCCAGGCCGGGGUGGCCAGUAUGGGGGGCCGGGAUGGAUCGUGUACGGGGAGGACGAAGCUGGGCGGAGAGAGGCUGUGCCAAGGACUUCGGCCAGGGAACCGACGGCCCCGCCCGGGAACCUCCCGCCCAGGGCUCUGCAGGGCCCCGGGCUGCCUUACGCCCCCGGCGGCUCCACCGAGGACCUGCAGCCCGGCCACUCGUCCACGUCUCUCAUCAAAGCCAUCCGCGAGGAGCUCCUGCGGCUCUCCCAGAAACAGAGCGCCGUGCAGAGCUUCCGCAGCUGA